UGAAUAUUUGGAAACUUCAGGUGUAUUAAGACAAAGAAAGGAAGAAACUGCAUGUUGUGGUCACACACUUAUGAUAAUUAAACAUGAAAUAUGUUGUGAUGGUGAAAAAAAAAUGAAAUACAACAAUUCACAAUGCUGUGGAAAGGAAGUGAUUAAUAAUAAUAUGUCAUGCUGUAAUGGUAGUAAAUAUAAUCCAGUAUUACAUGGAUGUAAGGAUGGUAAAAUUACAAAUUCCAGUUUCAGUAAAUGCUAUUCAAGCCCAUAUAAUUCCAAAACACAAGUAUGUUGCAAGUAUAGCAUUAUAAAUAAGACAGAAGAUAAUCAAGAUUCUUGUUGUCAAGGUAGUUCUCGAACAAAAAUUCCUUAUGAUUCCAAAACACAGAUAUGCACAGCUAAGGGUAACAUCCAAAGUAAAACUCAUUGUAAUUAUGAUAAAGAUCCAAAGAAAUAUACUUGCUGCCAGGGUUUACUGUAUAAUAAACCAAGUAAUGAAUCAAUGUGCUGUGAAAAUAUACGAAAACAGAAGCCAGCUGAAGGCAUUCCAGAUGAUUGCCAAGCUUCACUUUGUGACAAUAAAAUGUAUAAUAGCAUACACAACAUUUGUUGCAAUGGCACGCUAAUUAGUAGAACAAAAUACUACUGCAAAGAUGGAAAACAAUUCAAACUGUUCAAUUUUAAAGAUGGUCUCUAUACAAAAAACAUACAGAUUUGUGGACAAUAUGCUAUUAAACGUUCCAGAAUUGUUGGUUGCUGCAUUGGAAUGCCUUAUUUUAAAAACGAAAUCAAAUGCCCUUUAAAGUGGAGGGAUAAAAGAAGUGAACUGAAAUCAAGUGAUUAUCCUUUUUGGAAUAUAAUUCAUUGCAAAACUUUGAGUAAGUUUUAAAUUACUUAAAAUGCAUUUCUUGUUUGUCAUAUUGGUAUAGUUGUGUCAGCCAUUUUCAAGUAAAGUAGGAGAAAAAAAAUGAGUCAAUAGAUC